GGCCGGGCGGCUGGUUAGCUGGCGGAGUGUGAAACCGCGUGCUAAUGUAAGCGGCGCGGGAGAGCGCGCGCGGCGCGGAGCGGAGCGCAGCGAUCGGCCCCGGCCCCGCACCCGUCCCGCCGCCCCGGCUCCCCCUGUGCCCCCGGCCGGCGCGGAGGGGAAGGGGACAGGAGGCCGGUGGCGUUUCCGGCCGCUCGUGGUCCGGGUUUUGGGGGCAUUUUGGGUUUGGGUUUGUUUUCUUUUUUUUUUUUUUUUUUUUUUUUUUCUUCUUCCCAGCCGGGGAGAACUUUAUCCCGGGUCGGCGAGGAGCGGUGGGGCAGGGCGGCGGAGGGGGAGGAGGAGGAUGCUGCUGCUGUUGGUGAUGAUGAUGCCGCUGCGAUGUACCGCGCUCGGGGAGCUCUGGUGAGAGGCGCAGCUCCCCGAUGCCCGCACGCCCGCCCGGAGGAGGCUGCAGUGGUGCCGUUGCACGAAGGAGCUUCGCGUCUGAUUUAGCCCCGAUACGGACCCUUAUAUAUAUUUUUAUUUUCCUCCUUCCUCCCCCCUCGACGGGGCGGGCAGCUUGGCCGGUCGGGCCAGCGGGCUUUUUGAGGAGAUUUGAUUUUCUUUUGUCGUAGGGACCUCUUUGCAACUAACGGAAGAGUCUCUGCUGCGUGUGUGGUUACCCCUCCUCUGCCCUCCUGCGUUUCGUGCAUGUGCUACUGGAGCUGCUCCGACCGGGGCCGGCUGUGCGGAGUCCCCCCCCACCCCCUUCUUCCUCCUCCUCCCGCCUUCCUCUCUUUUUCAUCGCUCCAUGUCUUGCCGAUGACCUGGCCCCUCUGCCGACGCCCGGGAACAGCGCGGCCCUCCCUGGAGACUUUCUCUCGCCCCCCCGGCUUGCGACCGUCCCGCCGCUGACACCGCGUCCCGCUUCCUCCGGCUGGAUUUUCCCCUCCUGGUAAAAGGCAGAAGUGGGGAGAGGAGUCGCCUCCGCCCGGGGUUUCCGGCCUUACGACUGCAUCGGCAACUUGCGAGCCCGAGAGGGGGAUUAUUCGCUCCCGCAGCGGGGCAGCCGCGGCUCACACCCCCCUCCGACCCGCAACCCCAUCACCACCACCCCGCGCCGUCGGGUCCUGUCCCGUCCCGCCGCGCCCGGGAGCUGUGGACGCCGCCGAAGGAGCGCGGCGCGGUGGUGACCGUCUGGAGCGCGGCCCCUCCGCCUCCCCGGGGCACCCCCAGCCCUCCCCGCAACAGCAGCAACAAAGGACGCCGCGGCCGGAGGAUGUCCCCGCGGCGGGGGCACUGAGCGCCGCCUCGCUCCGCUGCUGCCCGCCGCGGCGGAGGGUAGGCGGCCGGCGGCUGCCACCGCUCCUGCCCCCCUCGGUCCCCCGGGUGCGAAGCCGGGACAGGGCGGGGGGCUCGCCGCGAGAACCGCUCAGCGAGGGAGCCCCGCCGCGGCCGGAGCCAUGUUCCCCCAAAGCCGGCACCCCACCCCGCACCAGGCUGCGGGCCAGCCUUUCAAAUUCACCAUCCCGGAGUCGCUGGACCGCAUCAAGGAGGAGUUCCAGUUCCUCCAGGCGCAAUACCACAGCCUUAAAUUGGAAUGUGAGAAACUGGCAAGCGAAAAGACAGAAAUGCAGAGGCACUAUGUGAUGUAUUAUGAAAUGUCGUAUGGAUUAAACAUUGAAAUGCACAAACAGACAGAAAUCGCCAAGAGAUUGAAUACAAUUUGUGCACAAGUCAUCCCAUUUUUGUCUCAGGAACAUCAGCAGCAAGUGGCCCAAGCUGUAGAACGUGCCAAACAAGUGACCAUGGCUGAACUGAAUGCCAUCAUCGGGGUACGUGGCCUUCCAGGUCUACCUCCUACAUGCCUAAAAGCAUGGAGGAGGGAAGAAAAUCCUUCUUCUCUGUUGGCAAAAGCCCUUAUGUGGAUGCAGCCACACCAGUGGAGCGCUAAGCAGCAGCAGUUGCAGGCUCAACAUCUCUCACAUGGCCAUGGACCUCCAGUGCCUCUAACACCACAUCCAUCAGGACUUCAGCCUCCAGGAAUUCCUCCACUCGGAAGCAGUGCUGGCCUUCUUGCCCUAUCUAGUGCUUUGGGUGGGCAGUCUCACUUGGCAAUAAAAGAUGACAAGAAGCAUCAUGAUGCAGAACACCACAGAGACAGAGAGCCGGGCACAAGUAAUUCUCUGUUGGUCCCGGACAGUAUGCGAAGCACAGAUAAACGCAGAAAUGGCCCUGAAUAUACCAAUGACAUCAAAAAGAGAAAGGUGGAUGAUAAGGAUUCCAGCCACUAUGACAGUGAUGGGGACAAGAGUGACGAUAACUUGGUUGUAGAUGUAUCCAAUGAGGACCCCUCAUCUCCAAGGGCAACUCCCACUCAUUCACCACGUGAAAAUGGUAUAGAUAAAACCCGUCUGCUGAAGAAAGAUGCCUCUAGCAGUCCAGCAUCUACAGCCUCUUCAGGAAGUUCUACUUCCCUGAAAUCCAAAGAAAUGGGUCUGCAUGAAAAAGCCAGCACGCCUGUUCUGAAAUCCAGCACACCAACUCCUCGAAGUGAUGUGCCAACCCCCGGCACUAGUGCAACUCCAGGACUUCGUCCAGGCCUUGGCAAGCCUCCAACAAUGGACCCUCUGGUUAACCAAGCUGCUGCAGGUUUGCGGACACCAUUGGCAGUACCAGGACCAUACCCUGCUCCAUUUGGAAUGGUACCUCAUACUGGCAUGAAUGGAGAGUUAACCAGUCCAGGGGCAGCCUAUGCCAGUCUGCACAAUAUGUCACCUCAGAUGAGUGCUGCUGCUGCUGCAGCUGCUGUGGUUGCCUAUGGAAGAUCUCCUAUGGUUGGGUUUGAUCCUCCUCCUCACAUGAGAGUACCUGGAAUCCCUCCAAAUCUAGCAGGGAUUCCUGGGGGAAAACCAGCCUACUCCUUUCACGUAACUGCAGAUGGUCAGAUGCAGCCGGUUCCUUUCCCUCCUGAUGCCCUCAUCGGUCCAGGAAUCCCUCGCCAUGCCCGCCAGAUCAACACUCUGAACCACGGGGAAGUUGUGUGUGCAGUUACCAUCAGCAACCCCACCAGACACGUGUACACAGGUGGGAAGGGGUGUGUCAAAGUCUGGGACAUCAGCCAGCCUGGCAACAAAAGCCCCGUCUCUCAGCUGGACUGUCUGAACAGAGAUAACUACAUCCGCUCUUGUAAAUUGCUGCCUGAUGGAUGCACCCUAAUAGUUGGCGGGGAAGCCAGCACACUAUCCAUAUGGGACCUGGCAGCACCAACUCCUCGUAUAAAAGCAGAGCUGACAUCCUCAGCCCCUGCCUGCUAUGCUCUGGCUAUCAGCCCUGAUUCCAAGGUGUGCUUUUCCUGCUGUAGUGAUGGGAACAUUGCAGUGUGGGAUCUGCACAAUCAGACGUUGGUCAGGCAAUUCCAGGGCCACACAGAUGGAGCCAGCUGUAUUGACAUUUCUAAUGAUGGUACCAAGCUCUGGACAGGAGGUUUGGAUAACACUGUCAGAUCCUGGGACUUGAGAGAGGGGAGACAGCUACAGCAGCAUGACUUCACAUCACAGAUAUUUUCCCUUGGUUACUGUCCUACUGGUGAAUGGCUAGCUGUGGGAAUGGAGAGCAGCAAUGUAGAAGUGCUACAUGUAAAUAAACCAGACAAAUAUCAACUGCACCUUCAUGAGAGUUGUGUAUUGUCGCUCAAGUUUGCUUACUGUGGUAAAUGGUUUGUGAGUACUGGGAAAGAUAACCUUCUUAAUGCAUGGAGAACUCCUUAUGGAGCCAGUAUCUUCCAGUCCAAAGAAUCUUCAUCAGUGCUUAGCUGUGACAUCUCUGUGGAUGAUAAGUACAUAGUCACUGGCUCUGGAGACAAAAAGGCUACAGUCUAUGAAGUUAUCUACUGAAAAAAAAUGAUGGGGAUAUAACUUUUAGAAGUUGAACUGGGCCAAAAUUGUUCUUAAUUGUAAAGGUAGAAAGGCUUUGCCUUUUUAAAAGGAACAAAAGUAUUGAGGUUCGAGACCUUGAAAUGACACUACUCCGAUUUUUCAAAAUAGAAGGCAACAUCCAGCAACUAAAUAUUGGCUACGUGGACCAAAUGGAACGCAGAGGCAAGACGGACAGAUGUAGCCUAGGUUUUUGACAUAGUUUUUAAAAGCCAAGUCUACUGAAGAAUGUUGGAGCCUUUUAUUUUUUUCUUUCUUUGUGACCUCAUGCAAAUUGUUCUCAUUGCCUGAAUAUGGGGGAUAAAUACCUUUUCUGUUCCUUGCAGUUCAAGUUGCAUUCUGUCCUGUGUAGAGCAGUGGUGUCUCAGAUGAACUUGUUUCCUGGUUUUGCAUCUUGUGAUAUGUUUUUGUAUUUUUGUUGAAGGUCAAACAUUUGUAUAAAUUGUAAAUAUAUUUAGUUUAUUACAGUAAAGGCUUUAGUACCAAUAACCAGUCUUCCCCCCCACCCCCUCCCUGCCCACCCUGCUUAUUUAAAAUAAAAAACCUUUUGGGGAUAUAAGUACCUUUUUAGAAGCAAAAGCAAACACUAUGUAUAGUUUGAAAAUGGUGUCUUAUUCUUUAUAACUCUUCCUAGAUUCCUUUAUCGUACUUCAGAGUAGUUGUUUUCACAUAAUUAGGGUAUCAAGUCCAGUAGAUACUGUCUUGUGCUACAGAAAAUUUAAAAGGCAAUUUUGUACUAAUUAUAGUGUAAAUAUAAAAAUUGAACAUUUCAUAAAGUUGUGCAGUUUAUUUUAAGUUUA